AUGAAGCAAAGGCAUCAUCGAAGGCAAAGAGGAGGUCGCAGGAGCUGGUUCAAGAUUACAAUCCCUCAUGGGAAGAAGUAUGACAAGAAAUGGCUUCUGAACGCUCUGCAAGAUGAGUGCUCCCUGUCCUUUACUCCGGUGAAAUAUCACACACAGGGCCACACUGUGCACUUCUUCAUCGAUGAUGCCACCAUUGCCAGUGCCCUGAGUAAAGCCUCACGCAAGAUCAUAGGCACAGAGGGCUUUAAGCUGACCGUGCGGAUGAAACCAUGCUCAGCUCCCUCCUUCAUUCACACAGAACUGACACCAGAGGAACUGGAGCGUCUCAAACAAUGUAUGUCCAAGCGCUUUGAUGGCUCAGAGCAAGCACUUGAGCUGAAGAGCAUUGGGACAGACCCAGACCUAAUGUGCCAGAACAUUGAGAUGCUCCUGAACAGGAAGAGCUGCAUGCAGGCCGUAAUUAAGAUCAUUGAGGAGAAUAUUCCCACCCUGACGAGCAUAAACCUGAGCAGCAACCAGCUGUACCACCUGGAUGGUGUGGAAGAGCUGCUCAGUAAGGUGCCCAGUCUGAAGGCGCUCAACCUCUCCCGCAAUGGGCUGAAGACAGAGCAAGAGCUGGACAAGCUGAAAGGUUUCAAGCUAGUGGAACUGUGGCUGGAUGGAAACCCCCUGUGCGCCCAUUUCAAGGACCAGGCCACCUACAUCAGCGCAAUACGAGAGCGGUUCCCUCAGUUACUCAGACUAGACGGAUGUGAUCUUUCUCCACCCAAAGACAUUGGUGUGGAAGCGUCCACUACCCUGCCCUUCUAUUCAGAAGAAAUCAAGAAGCUCAUCAUGAAUUUCCUAACUGACUACUACCGCUUUUACGACUCGGGCGACAGGCAGCCCCUGCUGGACGCCUACCAUGACGGAGCUUCGUUUUCCCUCAAGGUCCACAUCCCUGGGGGGAGCCCCACUGUGUGCAGUCUAGGUGACUACCACGGCAACGCCUGUAACUCGGAGAAGCUCAGCGAUCCCACCGCGCAGGUCCACAUCCUCAAGCGCACACGGCUGCACGUGGUGGCCUUCCUCAACAAACUGCCCAAGACGCAGCACAACCCUUCCUCCUUCAGCAUCGCCGUCAAUGGCUACACCGACGCGUCACUGUCAUUCACCGUAAAGGGGAUCUUCAAAGAAGUGGAUGGAAAAUCUCCAGACUGCCUCAAAGCGUUCUCUCGGCUCUUUGAGGCCGUGCCGGCCGGGAAUGGCGGUCUGUGUAUAGUGAAGGACGAGCUGUGUGUGAAGAACGCCACAGAGGAGAAGAUUCGAGGAGCCAUGGCCCCACCCCACUCCAGCGGCCCUGUGUGCACUGUCUCUGCAUUCCAGCAGGAAAUGCUGUCGGCCUUCUCACUCCAGUCCGGCAUGAACCUGGAGUGGUCAAAGAAGUGUCUGGAGGACAACAAGUGGGAUUUCAACAGAGCCGCUCACAUCUUCACCAAUCUGAAGGCCAUGGGGAAGAUCCCCGAUGUUGCCUUUAUAAAGUGA